ACACACGCCCACAGAAGAAGUUGGUUUUAUAUAUAAACGGUCUACGGUCCCGCCCCGAGAUAUGAAUCGUCGGCGCGCCUCGGGUUUCCGUUUUCAGAGGCGGUCCGAGUCGCGUGAACGCACCACAGAUGUAGGAAAGAACCCAAGAAACACACGGAGUCUGUUUUGGCGUUGGUGAGAUGGCUCCUCUUCCUUCUCUCCUCCUCGUCUUCCUCUUCUCUCUGUGUAACCUCCACCUGACCGUGGCUUUCAGGAUCUGUGCUUUUAACGCUUAUCAUUUCGGAGAAUCCAAGUCCAAAAACGGACAGGUGAUGAAGACUCUAGUACAGAUCGUGUCUCGCUGUGACGUGUGCCUACUGCAGGAAGUGAGGGACAGUAAAAAGAAGGCUCUGCCUGCACUGCUCAACCAACUCAACAGAGGCAGAGGAGCAGAUUAUGACUAUGUGGCCAGUGAGAGGCUGGGACGCAGUGAGGCGUAUCAGGAGCAGUACGUCUUUGUCUACAAGACGAGCUCGGCGUCCGUCACAGGGACGUACCAGUAUCCUGACAAUCGCCCUGGAGACCAAGACGCCUUCGCCCGAGAGCCGUUUGUUGUCCGGUUCAGAGCCCCAAAAACAGAUAUAAAAGAGUUUGUGCUGAUCCCACAGCACACGACUCCGACCAACACCACCAAAGAACUGGACGCUCUGUACGACGUUCUGCAGGACGUCAAGAGGAUGUGGAAGACUGAGAACGUGAUGCUCCUGGGAGACUUUAACGCAGACUGUGGAUAUCUGGCCAAAAAGAACCGGAACAAAGUGCGACUCAUCACAGACUCAAACCUGCAGUGGCUCAUCCCAGACGGAUCAGACACCACUGUGCGAGAGAGCACCAACUGCGCCUACGACAGGAUCGUGGUGAAUGGGAGGAAGCUGUUUGACUCAGUGGUGCCCUCUUCUGCCAAAGCCUUUAACUUCCAGCAGGAGUUCAGACUGUCAGAGGAUGAGGCCCUGGAUGUGAGUGACCAUUACCCAGUGGAGGUGCUGCUGAAGUCCAGGACCUUCAAGAGUGCUGCGGUCAGAGUGCGGUCAGGAACCUUCAGUAUGUCCUGCUCCCUGCUCCUGGUGUUGCUCACCCCCCUGCUCCAACAGAGCUGACCCCUCACACCAGCACAGAGCUGACCCCUCACACCAGUACAUGACCCCUCACACCAGUACAUGACCCCUCACACCAGUACAUGACCCCUCACACCAGCACAGAGCUGACCCCUCACACCAGUACAUGACCCCUCACACCAGCACAGAGCUGACCCCUCACACCAGUACAUGACCCCUCACACCAGUACAUGACCCCUCACACCAGUACAUGACCCCUCACACCAGGACAGAGCUUGCUUCAGUGAGGAAGUGAGCAUGGGCGCAAAGUUGUUCUUCCAGCUCUUUGUUGUAAUUGACUUCUAAUGAAAACCCGUCCGCCGUCUCUCUGUGUCUGCAGCUGGUCACGCUUCUCAUUUUAUUUUUCACUUGUUUGUUUGAACUCACUCUACAUGAUCCUGGGGUUUUUAUUCCACUAUUUUGUCCCUAAACAAGCUCUGAACAUUAAUAACUGACCAAUCAGGUGCCUUCUUUCCCCUGAGGUCACUGCAGCCGGUUUGAUUGACAGUGUUGCUAGAAGCCCACUUCCUGCUAAACCAACAGUGAGACAGAAAGGAGCUUUACCUUCAACAACCUCGCUCCUGAUUGGCUCUUUUCUUUUUGCUAUGAAACGCACACUCAGAAUUUCAAAUAUCAGCCCUGGUUUCAGAUUAAUCCUUGUACUGCAAAGCUCAGUUGUGUUCGUUUGUCUGGAGCUGGACAGUGUGACGUCGCUCUGUCCACUUCUGUAAACAGUCUACGCCCAGAACAGCACUGACCACAUCCAGAACACUGAGACUCCUAAUGUACAUGUGAGCAGUCUGACAGAGGAUACACAGUCCAACACAUGGAGUUGAAACACACACACGACAUGAAGCACUGCACUGUUUUAGUUUCAUUUCUUUUUGCUUGGUGAAAAGUACAGAACAAAAUAGAAUGUGAAUUAUGGUUAGUCAAAACUCUUCCAUAAGGCUUUAAGAAAACAAAAAUCAUAUUUGUAGCUUAAGAGAGACGAUGAAAUACAACGAUACAAACAGUUACACAUCAAGUUUAACAGGAGAAGAGCUGGAAAUCAUGUGUUUGUGAAGGGUGACUACCUGAAAAGGGACACAAGUAAAAUGGACAUACCGUAUUUUCUGCACUAUAGGGCGCUCUGGAUUAUAAGACGCACUGUCAUUGAAUGGUCUAUUUUUGAAAAUUUUUCAUAUAUAAAUCACACUGGAGUAUAAGGCACAUUAAACCAAACACAACAGUUCGAUAAGUCAGUCAAACUUUAUUUAACAUGUUCACAAUAACUCUCAACUUUGUUCAGUUGUAAUGUGUAAAAAACUACUGUGUGAGACGCUAAAUUGUUUGUGUAUUCACAAUAAUUCAUAAUAGUUCAAACAGUUGCGUGAUUCUGGUGUCCACACGUCCACAUCCCUCUCGUCAUGAUCCGAGUCAGUGUGGUUACUGUUCCCCAGUGAUGAUUCUGGUCUUGGUGAAAGCUCGGACCACAGUUGAUUCUGAUCCUUAGUCCAGGUGUCCACGAUCCGUUGGCAGAUCGUUGCCUAAGUGCCUUGGCGCUGUCUCUCUGUCUUGGUGAAUGUGUGUUCUCCUUCUCUCAUCCACUGCUCCCACGCAGCUCACACUUUCUCUUUAGAACAGUCUUGAGUUUAAAGUGGGCGUUGUGAGCGUGUCUCUUGACAGGUGCAUUUUGAUAUGAAAAAGAAUCACAGUCUGUAUUACUCCUGAUGCUCCUGACUACGGGAGCCGGAAUGCUGCAAGUGGAGCGGCUUUGUAGUUUACUAAAGUCGUACUAAGACACUCCAAUAAAUUCAUAUAUAAGGUGCUCUGGAUUAUAAGACGCACAGUCGUUUUUUGAUGAAAUUAGAGGUUUUUAAGUGUGCCCUAUAGUGCGGAAAGUACAGUAUUUCUUUUUAAACAUAUAUCAUUGUUCCCUGUUCGAGGCUAAAGUGCUCAGGAUAAUUGUGUGUUCACCUACCCCCUGUCUCCGCCCUCUUACUGCUGCUAGUUAAAAACAUUCACACUCCAGGUCGUACAUGUUGGGUUCAAAAAUGCUCCACUUUUCAUUUAUUGUUCAUUGUUUGAUUUUGCACCACAUUGUCAAAGAAAAUUCCCAGAUUAGUAAUUUUCAAACAAAGCAUCUUUAUCAUUUUUGAGGAAUGACACACAUGAUAUUGGGUAAAUGCAGUGUCGUCACAUCAUCUCAGAACUGUUUCAUUGUGCAUCUUUCUAUUUCCUCAUCACAAACAGACUUGGAGUUGUGUUUUGCUUCAUUCACACAUGUUCAACGCACAAAUCCUGCACUUUUAGUUCUUCUCUUAAACUGAAAACACGUUCCACCUUGUGAUGUCAUCUGGUAAUACGUACUUUUUUUUUUUUUUCUUUACCAGAAUCAUUUGGAUAAUUUCAUCCUUGGAAUUGCCAAUCUCUACUGAACUAAAGGCAGCUGUUAACUUCAUGACAUCACAAGAUGGAACAGAGCAUUUUGAUUUUUGGAGAUAUACACAGACUAGUAGUAAAGGAUUACCGUAUUUUUCAGACUAUAAGUCACUCCAGAGUAUAAGUCGCACUUUUUGGAGAAAUGUAUUUUAUAAAAUCAGAGACCAGGAAAUGACAUUUCAUCAUGAAAGUCAAGUUGUAGUAAUAACAAUAGAAGAGAGAACAACAGACUGUUAACGUCACAUAUUUCACAGUUCUUCAGAUAAACUAUAUAACAAACAACAGAACAGAACAAGUUUACCAAACUCUCCAUCUCACUCCAAAUCACUAAAUCCAUUCAAUUCUUCAUCCUCGGUGUCACUUCUGAACAACUCCACGACCUCCGGAGGUAAACAGAGCGCCACUUCCUCUUGUGCGUGUGUCGUCCCGUCCCGACAGGAUGGUUUCGGUGUAACUGAAGUCCAGGCUUUGUCCAUCCAUCCAAUGACUUCCAAGGAAAGUUACACUGUGGACCCUCCCCAUUACCGUGAAGCUGUGUUCUCCAUCCUCGCUUUCCACCAGUCCUUCACAAGUUUCUCGCUGACACCAGACUUUCUUUCUGCUGCUCGAUUAUUGUUUUUGGCUGCAUAUUUUACUAUUUGCAGCAGGACAGCCACAGUAGAGCCAAAUGACAGUGGUACAGGAGUAAUAGGAGCAGCAGAUACUGACACACAAACCUAGGGCGCCCUCUAGUGGCUGUCAGUAUGACAGUUUUUAUAUAUAAGUCACAGCAAACACCCAAACCAUGAAAAAAGUGUGACUUAUAGUCCGAAAAAUACGGUAGUCAAAUCAGCAGUUUGCAUUUCUGACACUUUUUUAGUUUGAGGUGGUCACCCUUGUUUAUGUUUGUAUCUGAACUUGUAUGAAAUAAAUGUCUGUUCAGUAAUAAUAAUAAUAAUAAUACAUUUUAUUUAUAUUGCACUUUACAUAAAAUAAUCUCAAAGUGCUACAGGUAAAAAAAGUAUUGUUUUACUGUAAAGACCACUCCAAGUUUUUUGUUUUUUUUUUAGAAAUUCUUUUUAGUUUCACAAAAGUAGUGACUCAAAUGGUGAAUCAAAUGUUAAAAUGUUUUUAUCUCUUCUUUAAGAAUCUGUAUUUGCACAUAUUUUGGAUGAUACAAUUCUGAAAUCAUAGGCCUAAAUGUGCCAAAAUAAAAAAAAAAAUGCACAAUGUAAAUAUGAUGUACACAUUUUGUUAAAGUUAUUCAUGGUCAAUUGUAAUGAUUAUUUGAUGUAAUUUUAAAUAAAAAUAAUGACACUGCAAA